AACCAAAAUUCCAGAUUUUCCGAGUCCGACUCACUUCCGAAGAGAACGAAGAAAAAACCCCUUUCCUCUCGAUUUCUCUCCGAGUCAUCCGAGUCGCAGCGGUUUUUUUUCCCACCCGAGUCGUCACUCAGUCACAGCAAUGGUCGGAUUGCGUCUUCUACUUGCUACCGUGAUCGCAGGGUUUUUAUUGUCUACAUCCGAAUGUCUGCGGUUCGAGCUGCAAUCGGGUCACACGAAAUGCAUCGUGGAAGAUAUAAAAUCCAGCGCCAUGACCGUCGGAAAAUACAGCGUCGUCAACCCCAACGAAGGCCAGCCCAUGCCCAAUUCUCACAAAUUGACCGUCCGGGUGACGUCGCACUACGGAAAUAGCUAUCACUUUUCGGAGCUGGUGGAAUCGGGGCAGUUUGCGUUUGUGGCGGCGGAGGCGGGAGAUUACAUGGCGUGCUUCUGGGCGCCGGUUUUCAAGCCCGAGACGACGUUGACCAUCGAAUUCGAUUGGAAAACCGGCGUCGCCGCCAAAGACUGGUCCAAUGUCGCCAAGAAAAGCACCGUUGACGUCAUGGAAUUGGAGCUUAGAAAGUUGUUUGAUACGGUUACUUCCAUUCACGAGGAGAUGUUCUAUCUCCGCGAAAGGGAAGGGGAGAUGCAGGAUCUUAACAGAGCGACAAACUCGAAAAUGGCCUGGCUGAGCCUUCUUUCGCUUAUUGUUUGCUUAUCAGUCGCGGGUUUGCAAGUGUGGCACCUGAAGACAUUUUUCGAGAAGAAGAAGGUUAUAUAAAAUGUUUCGGGAUAGGAGUUCUAUAGUCCCGUCGUUUACUGCUUAUUUUGUAAAAUAGUUUACAACAUGAGAAUUUUCUAUUGAAUCUGAAACAGAAUGGUAGAACGCUAGUCGCAACGAAUACUCGCGCAAGCUUUCACAUUUAUGCAUUAAAUAUGUGCCAGUGA